AUGUCCCACGACCCGGGGAAGCACGAGGGGAAGGUCGCGGGGGCUCUCGAGAAGAUGCCCUACGACGUGGUCAAGGCGGUCGCCGACCUGGCCAAGUCGGCGGCGCAGCAUUGCGCCGCCGCGCGCGUCUGGCCGCCCUCCGCCCCGGGGGGCGGGAAGGACGCGAAGAGGCAGCGCGACGAGGUCGGGGAGCACUACCAGAAGUUCGAGGCGGCAUCCGCAGCUCUGAAGGAGCACGGGGAGGUCCUGGCGCCCCGCCUGCGCGACUCGCUCUCCGCGCUGCUGUGGAGCUCUGGCUGGCACGCGGCGAACGCCGUGGGCGACAUGCUGGACAAGGCGGAGGACGAGGAGGAAGAAGAGGAGAGGCCGAGUACGAUGAAGACUGCGAGGAGGAUGGUGACGACGCCGAGUGCGAGGAAGAGGACGAGGACGAUCUUGACGAGCGCUUCGGGGAGGAAUACCCAGGCUCCUCGGACGACAGCAUCGACGACCUCAGAGGCGCCCUGGAGGCGUUCCGGGAGUGUUUCUGGGCGCCGAAGCCCUGGCGUGGGGUCUCCCUGCACCUGA